CUUGACCGUGACACUGGUCAGCCAGUGUUCACCCCGAUCUCCUGACAAUGCCGCAGGGACAUGAAUGCGGUGAAGGACCUGCCUUGGACAUUAUAUCACCAGAUUGGUCACCGACUGUGGUUGAAAAGACGUGGCGAAUCAACUCUCAACUGACACAGAUUUCAAACUUAUGGUAAACAGUGAAAGCCACUGAAACACCUCAAAUGGUUCAGAACAAAUUGUCAGUGAUAUCAGCUACUGUUGGUCUGGUUGCCAUGGUAACACUCUAUCUCCUGCCAUCUCCGAUAGACCCCAAGCCUUAUGUUUUCAACUGUUCCAUCCCUCGUCUUGAGGGCAGCCUUAGGCCCAACUCUCACCUCCAGAGAGUAACCAGGCUGUUUGAGGGCCAGAUUGUUGGGCCGGAAUCAUUCGCUGUGAAUAAAGAUGGGACUAUCUACACAGGCAGUGCUGAUGGAAAAAUUUGGGCAUUCAAGAAAAACAAUUUACGAUUGGUUGCAAGGACAGGGAUAGAUCACCCUGAUUGUGGCAGCUUCACCCUGGAGCCUGACUGUGGCCGACCCAAGGGGAUGAAGGUGGACCAAGAUGGAUUCCUUGUGGUAGCGGACGCCUACAAAGGUCUGCUCCGUGUAAAUGUGACGACCGGGGAGAUAGAAACUCUCAUGCCAGGACAUAUAGGUAUCGAUGGCAAACCCUUUCGUUUUCUGAACGGCCUUGACAUUAGAUCGGAUGGCAUCAUCUACUUCACCGAUUCCAGCACUAAGUGGGAUCGGAGAAACUACAAGUUUGAGGUGAUUGAGAUGAACAACCUUGGUCGUCUGAUAGCGUACAACCCUUCAACUCGGGCAGCUCGCACUGUCCUUGACGGACUCUAUCUGGCCAACGGCAUCAGCCUGUCCGCAGAUGAGAGUUUCAUGGCAAUUGCUGAGAUGAGCCUGGUGAGGAUAAGGAGAUAUUACCUCAAUGGACCCAAACAAGGUGAAACAGACAUCUUGAUUGACAACCUACCUGGUUACCCUGACAACAUCAAGCUGAACAGUCAAGGACAUUUCUAUGUUGGACUCGGCAGUGUGAGGUUCGAGGGAGCCAGCGUUCUCGGGUCUUUCCUGGAUAUCAUAGCUCCAUACCCAGCACUCAAGAGACUCAUGACAAAGGUGACACCGCUAGCGUUCUAUGACAUAUUUCUGCCCAAACACUCUCUUCUGCUGGAGGUCAACAGUCAAGGUCACAUCAUGGCAAGUCAUCAUGACCCAGGGUCAAAGGUCGUACCAGCCAUCAGUGAAGGAUUUGAAGCGAACGGACAAGUGUACAUUGGACAUUUCCGGAUCCCUUUUAUUGGAGAAAUAUCUGUAGAUGACUUAAACAUGGAUGGAAAGGUGUAAUAAAGUUUUGGAAAAUGG